CCGACCCAAAUAUUAUGCUGACAACAAAAUUACAAAAGUUUGAAAGUGUGAUGAACUCUCCUUUCUUGAUUUGCUCAAUUUGCUUGCUGGAACAAAAUUCAAUCACCCAAAAACCCAUCUUUUCUACUCAAUUUCCCCAAUUAACUGCAAAUUGGAACUAGGGUUCUAACAGAAUUUCAAUUAUGGUGGAAAAAAGGAAGCCUUUAAUUCUUUCUUCCACCAAAAAUCUGCUAAAUUCACUCCUGAAUUCAGAAACCCAAACCCAGAUUUCAUUAUUGUCAACAGUACAAUUGAGAGCUGGAAUUCUUCAAGUAUCAAAAGAUGCAAGCAAGAUUUCAAACCCCAAAUUUGUUAAUUUUGAUGAUUCUGCAUUGGUGGGGUUAACUACUUCUCAGCUUAGAAGACUUUGUGUAACUUCUGGUUCACUGGUACUCAUCAAGAAUGUCAAUACAAGUCAACAAAGAAUUGGACAAGUGGUAGUUCUAGAUCCUCCCAGUUCGGACAAAGUUUUAUCUGAGCGUAGCUCACUGUCACAUUCUUCCCUGACAACAUUUCUCUUGCCAUUACAUAGCUAUCCUGAUUGUCACGGUAUUAAACCAGAUGGAGAAGUUGCUUAUUUAUCUCCAAUUCUGGCAUUUAACCUUAAUUUACAUUUGUCAUGCUUGAGAUCAAUGAUUCACCAAGGCAAAGAGGCUUUGUCACCAAUAUUUGAGGCCAAAUCAGAUAACAUAGUGAGUGGAAAAGAUAAUACUCUCAUUACUCUAGGACUUGAACCUUUAGAUCAGUUGCCAAAAUAUGCCACACACCUGAGGGCUUCUUUUGUGAAGAUACCAGAGUGUGGCACUGUUGACUCAGCCAAAAAAGAUUCAUCUACAGAAGCUGAAGAUCGUCAAGAGUUGAUUGAUAUGGAAUUGAAUAAGUACUUUGGAGUAGAUAGAUUUCUUUCUAGAGGUGAUCUUUUCAGUGUAUGCAUCAAUUGGAACUGCAAAUCGGCUCUCUGCAUUCCUUGCAGUCAGAAGAAGCAAAAUGAUGGUUCAGACCUUAUAUAUUUCAAGGUUGUAGGUAUGGAACCUUCUGAAGAACCUGUUCUAAAAGUCAACCGUACUCGAACCGCCCUUGUACUUGGAGGGAAUGUACCUUCUGCUGUUCCUCCAGAUUUCUUGAUUCCUCAGCCACAAGGUUCUCUGCCUUUACAAGUGAGCACGGUGAAGACUUUAGCCUCCAUACUUAUACCACCAUUAUGUCCAUCAGCCCUUUCAUCAAAAUUUCGGGUUGUUGUGUUGUUGCAUGGCUUGACUGGAUGUGGGAAGAGAACUGUGGUUAAAUUUGUUGCUCGUCAACUAGGCCUCCAUGUAGUGGAAUACAAUUGUCAGAGCAUAUUUGCAAAUUCUGAUAGAAAAACAUCUGCUGCCCUUGCUGAAGCCUUCAGCAUGGCUCGCAGGUACUCUCCUACUAUUCUACUUCUUCGCCAUUUUGAGGCCUUCCGCAACUUGGCCUCUAACGAGGGUUCACCACAUGACCAAGUUGGUAUGAAUUUAGAAGUUGCAUCUGUCAUAAAGGAAUUUACUGAGCCAAUUGCUGAAGAUGAAGAAAUUUACUCAGAAGGAAAGUCAAAUGCUCAUGAUCAAGUAAAGGUUGCUCAACCCAUAAAUCGGCACCCGGUGCUGUUAGUUGCUGCUGCUGAUAGUCCUGAAGGCCUUCCACCAACUAUUAGGCGUUGUUUCAGUCAUGAGAUUAGCAUGGAUCCGUUGAAUGAAGAACAAAGGAAGGAAAUGCUCUCCCAGUCUCUUCAACAUGUUAGUGAACUACUUCCAAAUACUUCUUUGGAGGACCUUGUGAAAGAUUUGGUUGGUCAGACAUCAGGAUUCAUGCCAAGGGAUCUGCGAGCUUUAGUUGCUGAUGUUGGUGCAAAUCUAGUCCAUAGUCACGCUAGUCAGGAUGUGAAGGUUGUGCAUGGAGAUCUGAAAGAGGGUUCUCAUGAGAGCAAGCCAAUUGAGAAUGAUGGCUCACAGGACUCGGCAAAGUCACUAAGCAAAGAAGAUGUGAUGAAAUCUCUGGAACGAUCAAAGAAAAGAAAUGCAACAGCAUUGGGUACUCCAAAGGUUCCAAAUGUCAAAUGGGAAGAUGUUGGUGGGCUUGAGGACGUGAAGAAAUCAAUUUUGGACACUGUACAGCUGCCUCUUUUACAUAAGGACUUGUUUUCGUCUGGAUUGCGCAAGCGAUCUGGGGUUCUUUUCUAUGGACCUCCUGGUACAGGAAAAACUUUACUGGCAAAAGCUGUUGCUACUGAAUGCUCCCUGAAUUUUCUCAGUGUGAAAGGGCCUGAGUUGAUUAACAUGUACAUAGGAGAAUCAGAAAAAAAUGUUCGGGACAUUUUUCAGAAGGCCAGAUCAGCUCGACCAUGUGUCAUCUUCUUCGAUGAACUUGACUCGCUUGCUCCUGCCAGGGGUGCUUCUGGGGACUCCGGGGGCGUUAUGGAUCGAGUGGUUUCUCAGAUGCUUGCUGAGAUUGAUGGCCUGAACGACUCUACCCAGGACUUGUUUAUUAUUGGAGCUAGCAACAGGCCAGAUCUUAUUGAUCCUGCCCUUUUGAGGCCAGGGCGUUUCGAUAAGCUCCUUUAUGUUGGUGUUAAUUCUGAAGCCUCGUACAGGGAGAGGGUCCUUAAAGCACUUACGCGGAAGUUUAAAUUGAAAGAAGAUAUAUCUUUACUCUCAAUAGCAAAAAGGUGUCCUCCAAACUUCACGGGAGCCGACAUGUAUGCACUGUGUGCUGAUGCUUGGUUUCAUGCUGCGAAGCGCAAGGCAUUAGCUUCAGAUUCGGAUUCAACUGGCUCGGAGGAAAUGGAUGUCUCAAUUAUCGUGGAAUACGAGGAUUUUUUAAAGGUCUUGGGAGAGAUCUCUCCCUCGUUGUCAAUGGCGGAGCUUAAAAAGUAUGAGUUGCUCCGGGAACAGUUUGAAGGAUCAUCAAGAUGAUCGAGGCGUUGCUCAGAAAGAUUGAAGUGUCCCCGUGCACGGUUAGGGUUCCUACUACCAAUGGGUCAGGAAUUCGAGUCGUGACUCACCCAAAUGCCCCCCGUUGGCCCUCUCUCCUUUACGAGUCUGGAUUUUUUGUGUCAUUUCAGUCGUUUCGACAGGAAGAAAGAUAAAAAGGAUACUCAAGAUAGAUUAUGGAUCUGCUAUCUACUUCCCAUUUUGAGCUAGAGUUGAUAAUAAUUGUCAUUCAGCAUUUGUUUUUGUGUAUAGAAUAAAAUAAAAUAAUGUACUAGUUGAUUUAGCAAUGAAGAACUGUAUAUUUCUACAUGGUUAUUCACUACAGUUCUUU